UCCUGGUCAGUUUCCAGCUACUUCAACACAGUACACGACCCCAGAGGCAUGAGCGGAGCGUUACCUGUCUGUCUAUCUGUGUGUGUGUGUGUGUGUGUGUGUGUCUGUGUGUGUGUGUGUGUGUGUGUGUGUGUGUGUGUGUGUGUGUGUGUGUGUGUGUAUAUGUGUGUGUGUGUCUCCAUGGAAACAGUCCGAUCAGUUUAAUGUUUAGAGACAAUGAGGAAGUGAACUCUGAUCUCAGGUGUUUUUCAGAGGAGACUCAGUGAAACACGAGCAACAGACACCUGAACAGAACCAGAACUGAUGAGACCAGCCUGGACCUGAACCAGAAUCUGAAUCUUGUGGACGUACAGUGAAGAGAUGAAGCUGGAGCUGAAGAUUCAGCUGCUGAAGUUUGGCUCUGCAGUUUUUAACUCUCUCUUCCUGGCUCUGGGUCUGAGUGUGGCCGGCUGUGCCAUCUGGAUCCUGUUCGACACAGGAAGCUUCCUGAACGUCCUCUCCUCAGUGGAGUUGCGUACAGUGGCAGCAGGGCUGUUGCUGAUUGGUGGAGUGGUGACAGCGGUCAGUGUUGUUGGAUGUAUUGGAGCAAACGGAGAAAACAGAUUCCUGCUGCUGAUAUACCUGGGCUUCCUCGUCAUCCUGUUCCUGGGUCAGCUGUUCAUCACGCUGCUGCUGCUCAUCAACAGAAACAAGAUUGGACAGAGUCUGGAAGCAGCUGUGGAUCAGAUCAUCGUUGAGUACGGAAACAGCAGCAGUCAGGACACGCUGAUGGACAACGUACAGCGCUAUGGGAAGUGCUGUGGUAAGACGACGCCUUCUGAUUGGCUGAGGAACUCUUACAUCGACAGUCUGAACCUGACCGGUCCAGACGUUCUGCCCUGUUCCUGUUUCAGCUCGUACCGUCGCAGCUCUGACUCGCCCUGGUGCUCCGAGCUGCCGAGCUUCAGCGAGCCACCAUACGGACGAGGAAACAGCUCGUACGAUCAGGGCUGUAAACAGAUGCUCAGUGAUUGGCUGCAGGAAAACGCUCUGACCAUCAUUGGCAUGGACGUCAGCCUCAUCUUAAUCCAGGUGUUACAGUUUGGGUUCAUGGUCGACCUGUACCGUGCCCUCGGCAGAAAAACCUCUUUGAAAAGAUCCAAUGAGCUGUUUGAUUCUGGCCACGCCCACCUGGACCACGCACCCACAGACGACCUGGACUACGGGGAGCAGAACUAUGCCUACAUAGACUCUGAUGGUGUUCAUAUAGACCCCAACGACCCAUCACAUUACCAUGACAACCCCUCCCACCUCACUUAUCACUAUGACAACCACAGCCAGGUGUACGUGGAGCCGACUCAGGGCUACUAGCAGGACUGAGGCUUUGAGAAGGAAAUACUGAACUUUUUACUGAACUACAUUUAUUGACAACCUUUAAACAACUAAUCAGUCAUGAUGUAUUAUUACUGAUUAAAUGAUCUGACAGUAAAACAGCUCCACCUUCACCUGCUGCAACUCUAACUUCCGUCAGUACCGACACACCUGUCGUCUGAGCCAAAUUUUGUUCAAACUCACACAACUUUAUUCUAAAUUCCGCUGGAAAUCCCAAAUAAGUCAAACUGAAAUUAGAAGAAACUUUUAGUUAAAAAAACCUCCAGAAUAUUUUACACAAACAGAGCAGCUGUGAACUGAUGGAGUCUUUGGUUUAAAUAUUUGAUUUAGUUUUACCGUCAUAAAGACUUUUUACGGUGGACAGAAAAAAUCAUUAUAAUCUAAUAAAACACGUUGCUCUGCUCAGUGCUUCAAUUGUUUUCAGCCA